AUGGAUAAACAAGAUUAUUAUCAAGUCUUGGGAGUAGAGAAAAAUGCCACCACUGAGGAGAUUAAGAGUGCUUACAGAAAGUUGGCUUUGGUAGGAAUUAUAUAGUUAUAUAGACAGAAGUGGCAUCCAGAUAAGAACCCUGAUAACCAGGAGACAGCAAAGAAGUAAUUUUAAUUGAUUUUACAAGCCUAUACAGGUUUAAUUUUAAUUUUGAUCAAUAGUUCUUUGUGAUAGUCAGAAAAGAGCCAAUUAUGAUAAAUUUGGAACUGCAGAUGGUGAAGAACAAAUGAAUUUUGAUUUUGAUGAUUUUUUUGCUCACGAUUUUGAGUCUAUGAUGAACUUCAUGAUGGGAGAUGCUUUUAUGAAAAUGUUUACCAAUAUUGGCAGAUCAGGAAGAGGGAAACACAAAUUCAAAAUACCCUCUUCCUUUAUUUUCAAAUAAGCACAACCAUAAAAGAAGCCACAAAAAAAAGAAGAAGAAGAUGAUUGGGAAACUGAAGAAGAAGUUGAUGAAGACGAUGAUUGGAAGGAUGUAGACGAUGAUGAUGAUGAUGAUAAGAACGAUAAUGACGACGAUGAAUUCUAAUCAGACAGUGAUGAUGAUCUCACAUAAAAUGAAAAUUUAUUUAUGAUGCCCAUGUUUAUAGAAGAGAAUAUUAAGGAUACUGAUAGUAAUGUGUCUUAAUUCUAUUCUUAGGUAACAAAUACAAGUGUAAGUUCGAUGGUUAGAUACUGAAAGAAUAAACCUUAGUGUAACAUUUUGAAAAGAACCACAAAAAAGAAUUUGCUGCUUGGAGCAAAAAAAAGCAUUUUAAAUGAUUAAUUAAUAAUUACAUUAUUUUUA